CCUUCCCAACGCACAAAUACCAAAUGCUUAGUACAGUAAAUUCCCGAGACACCUGACCGCUGAUUUCCGGCCUCAUAUGGGAAUCCGUUCACCCCUUCCCAUGUCGCGAAACAUUACCGGAAACGAAAAAUUUUUUAACUUCAUCCCUCCCGAACUAGUUUUCGACAACCGCAACAUGCCGACCCCAAAGGACAAAUCCAGCCAGAUGCCGGACCAAGCUGAGGAAUUUUAUGGACUCAUGGAUGAAGCUCUACCCGAGGGCUAUCCUUGCGAACGUAACGAUAUUAAACAAUUACUAUGCGUUACCACAAACAGCCUUGACACCGUGUAUAGACACAACCACGACUGGGUAUGCUCCAAGUGUCUCCCAGCAUUGCCGGUCCGCUUCCGGGAACGGUUCUAUCCGCAUGGAGUACAUGCUUUAUGCACAAGACGGGGAGCCGAUGGAAUAGCCGCAUGCAUCAUAUGCUCCAAAAAUAUAACAUCAAUCAGAGCAGCCGACACCUGUCUCGAAUGUACUGCAGAGUAUCGCGAACUAGCAGAAAGGGAGAAAGAAACGCUCUACAACGACGAACCUAUAGACAUUACAAUACGUUGGCUAGAGUAUAUCGAGGAAUCAGCGGAUCCUAAUUGGGAAAUAUCUCAUGAUUAAAUUGGAAAUAUCUCACACGAUUAAAGAACAACGCCUUCCCAGUAAUAAACCAUAACUAACUAAGUUUCUUUUCCCUCCUUUAACAUCAAACAGCUACAUUGCCCAUGUUCAAUGACACGCGGAUGCCUCGGCUAGCCACCCCAGCAGAGAGACUGCUCCCGCCGCCUAUCUUGGACAACCUAAGGCGGAGGGAGUGCAUCCAGGGACAGGCUUGGGUGGGACCCAAUGGCACCAUCGUCUGUGAUGUGGUGCGAGAAGGUCGUCUCGCCCACGCAGCGGCCCGCUGCCGAGAGUGCCGGAGACGGGCACUCAACAGAAACACCCCGGAUC